CAAACAGCAUCAUUAGGACUGAGGAACACAGAGGACAGAUCAGGGAAAACGUGGAGAAGUUUAAAGCAAAAAAAAAAAAUAAAAAAUCAUUCAAAGCUUGGAGCAUCACUCUGUUCGAUCAUCUUAGAGAGGAACCAGUAUGGCGCACGUACCAAGACAGAAACUGACAUGCCAGAACGCGAGAAACCCAGAGGCUGCAUGGAAAAGAGGAUGGCUCCAUCUAGUGGACGUCUGAGCCUUGCUGCCAGCCAAGUGGAAUUCCCACCUGUUCUGCAAGAAAGGUACACAACAAUCUUCCUUCCAGUCCCAAUGAAAGUUUCAAACAUGGGCUUUCUCAUGUCUAAAUCCAUGGACGCAAACUUGCAAAAGCAGCAGGAGUUCAUGCUUCACAAUUCACGGUUGCAGAUGGAGCGUCAGAUCCUGAUGCAGAACCAGAUGAGAGAAAGACAGAUGGCCAUGCAGAUUGCCUGGUCCAGAGAGUUUCUCAAAUACUUUGGCUCCUUCUUUGCAGUGGCCACAUUGGGACUAACAGCAGGAGCCAUUAAAAGAAAACAACCCGGCAUGUUGGCUCCGAUUGUUCCUCUCGGUUUCGUGUUUGCCUAUCAGAUGGACAGCGCCUAUGGGACGCUCAUUUAUCGGAUGAGAGGCGAGGCCGAGAAUAUCAUGGCGUCUGAGCACGACCGUUUGGACCUGCCUCUGGGGACGCCGACGUACGAGAGCAUAGAGAAGGCCCGCCGGGCCAAAACCGGCCUCAUCUCUUUUUUGGAGAAGUGAUUCAUCAGUUGUGACACGAGUCAAGAUCCAAACCGUCCGACCGGGUGCGUUCACCUGUGCUAUUUCUGUUUUAUCAUAGAGAACAGCUGUCAGGUCCAAUUUGGGUUCCUUGAACGUGUUGGAGUCUGCGGUUUGCACCAAGUCUACAUCAUGAACCUUGAAAUAAAUCUGUAGCUGUUUUGAUUUUGUAUAGCGGUCUUAUUGCUGAAAGCUGAUUGGCUUGACGAAGAUUAGCUGAUUUAGAUGAGUUAAAUGUAUACAUUUACUGUGCUGUUGUGGUCUAAAAUAUAAGUGAUAGUAACAAGCAGACACUGUCAAUAAUGCAUUAUUUGCUCCUGAUAAAUUACCGUAGGUGAUGACUUCUGACCACUAGGGGGCAGAAUGUCCAUUACUUAUUUAUGUUUUUGUCUGCUGUUAUCAUAGUAUUUAAUGCCAUAUUUAUAUUCAGUUUCCGCUUCACUGCUCAAUAAUUGAGGUCAUCAAACCAAAGCUUUUUAUUUGUACAUUUAUAUUUACUCGCAUAAUUUGCAUCUGACAUAUUGAAAGUAUUUGUAAAGCCAAUAAAAAAAAAUAAUCUUGGAAUAUGUUAAGAAUGAAAAUCCUAACCGAUGAAUCAAAAUUUUGAACAACAUGCAACUCUUUCUAGACCUUGGUAAAGCGUCUCAACAAAUAACAUUGUCUCGGAUAUUAUUUUGUAGUAAUCUGUCAUUUUCUUGAAUAAAAAAAUCCAAAACA